AUGGCGGGCCUCAGGACAGCCCUCCGUCUGGCACCGCGAGCCCAAUUCGUCCGCCCGGCGCCUGUCUCACGCAUCGCACCGCUCGCCCAGCGCCGAUAUGCCAGCGUGCAGCCGAACCCAGCUACCGACACGAAGCCCGCAAGCCAGGCAGAGCAAGCUCAGGAGGAUGUCGCACUUGCUGGUGAUCAGGGCGAAGACCCGAACAUGGUACGCAAAACCACUUGGAGAUCAUGCAGGAGGAAGAGGGAAAACAGGACGCGAAAUCCCAGGCUGCUCCCUUGUCCAGAGGACUGAUUGCAGACUACACACGCGAAUUUUGAGCGAACCUCGGGCUAAUGAGGGUGUGUUAGAACGGCAACUACCCAGACCCGACCCUCACAUCUGCGCUUCCUGUCAAGCGUCAAUUCCGUGAUCCAUAUGCCGACUGGUAAGAUCUUGUUCCGAUACUUUAGAGUCAGAACAAAGCUGAGAGAUGAUCCAGGUGGGACCCGCAAGAGCGAAGGAACUACGGCGAGCCAGUGCACGAGGACAACGACAUCCUCGGUAUUUUCUCGCCUGAGGAAUACACCCACUUUACACCUGGAUGGGGCGCCGUCCUACUUGUAAGCUCCACAACAAUCUUGUAGACCUUGCGAUCUCUAACCUGCGCUGCUAGGGCAUGUUUGCUGGAUCUGUUGGUGUGCUAUGUGCGGUUGUUUACCGGUAUUAUCCAGACAAGGUACGCGAUCACAUGUCUCAAUCAGCUUAUGAACGCUCAAGCACUAAUAUCAAAACAGCCUGCGGUCAGUCGAACAUUCCCUGGCGGACUGGAAGCUGAGCUUGGUGGUCCUCUCGCGAGGAGAGCCAGAAUCUCAGAUGACGACGUGGCUCCGUUGGACCGGACAGAAGCAUGA